GGCAUCAUGUUUGUGAGACUCGCAAUAGCUAGUUUGUUAAGAGGCUAUAGCUGAAUGUGCAGCGAAGACUCCAAGUCUAACUGCGCUCUUUGGUUUAAAUCACUCAUUUAGAGUUCAGUAAGAUGGAUAUGAAAAAGAGAAUUCACCUGGAGUUGCGGAACCGGACGCCGUCAGACGUGAAAGAGCUUGUGCUCGACAACUGUCGGUCAAAUGAGGGCAAAAUUGAGGGCCUCACUGAUGAGUUUGAGGAACUGGAAUUUUUAAGCACAAUCAACGUAGGCUUAACAUCAGUUGCCAAUUUGCCAAAGCUAAACAAACUCAAAAAGCUCGAGCUUAGCGAUAACAGAAUCUCAGGGGGUCUGGAGGUACUGGCAGAGAAAUGUCCCAACCUCACCCAUCUCAACCUCAGCGGCAACAAAAUUAAAGACCUCAGCACCAUCGAACCCCUGAAAAAAUUGGAAAGCCUCAAAAGUUUAGACUUGUUCAACUGUGAGGUGACAAACCUGAAUGACUACAGAGAAAAUGUUUUCAAGCUGCUCCCUCAGUUGACAUAUCUCGACGGCUAUGACAAAGAGGAUAAAGAAGCACCAGACUCUGACGCCGAAGCUUACGUCGAAGGCCUAGACGACGACGAGGAUGAUGAAGAUGAGGGAGAAGAGGAGGAGUAUGAUGAAGAUGCAGCUCCAGGAGAUGAAGAUGAAGAAGAGGGAGAGGAGGAUGAUGAGGAAGAGGGAGAAGAGGAGGAAGAAGAGGACAUUAGCGGAGAGGAAGAGGAGGAAGAAGAGUUAAAUGACGGUGAGGUAGAUGAUGAGGAAGACUUUGAGGAGGAGCGGGGUCAGAAGAGGAAAAGAGAGCUGGAUGAGGAAGGGGAGGAAGAUGAUGACUGAACAUGCACUCCCCCCAUUGUGAUCUGACCGUUUAACCCCUGUAUAUCUGUCCUAUUGUCACUUUGCGAUGGUUUGGGGAGGUAUUCAAAUGGUAGGGGGUGGGUUAGUAUAAACGAGGACACAGUUUAAAUAUUUGUUUUUAGCUUUUUUGUUGUUGAUGUUGUUGUUGUUUUCUUUUGGUUUGGUUUGUACUUUCAGUUUGAUUCCCUUCAUUUUCUCCAAAAGCUCUUCAAAUGGCUGACAACACAGUGUGGAAAUUUAUUAUUGUUGGAAAAAAAGACCAGUAUGCUCUUGUAAUUUUUCCCUGUCUUUACUGUUGAUGCCUAAAUGCUGGUGAUGACUUAUGUAUUAAAAAAGAAAAAACAACCAAAAACCUUUUAGAAGUGCAUGGCUGACUCUAUUUUAAAGUUGACUACUGGAUUUCAAGGAAGAACAUUUUCUAACCCACUUUUUUAUUGCAUCUUUUGUGUAUUUUAUUUCUUUGGUGUUUUCAUCAUCAUCACCACCACCACCAUGUGACGUGCUGUUUAGGCUUGAAGAAUACAUCAUGAUGUCUGCUUGGACAUGCACAGUUCAACCUCUCAAUGUGAUUUAUUUUAUUUUAUUUUUUUAAUGUUAAGAGCCGAAUGUCUGCCCUUGUCAAAUGAGCCCUAAACCCCUUCUCCCUUUUGUGUGGAUAGUUCAGAGGUUUCGUGUUCUUUGUAAAUAAUGACCAAAUAUAUUUUUUUUCUGAUUCCCUUUGAUAAUGGCAGACAUUUUCACAAAUAAUCUCAGUUGUAACCAUUAACUGUAAUAAAAUGAAUAAAAACGCAAGAGGCUCUAUAAUUUGAAGUUCUCUGUUCUGACAGCCACAGAAAAUCCACUUAUUGUAAUUAGAUGUGAUUACAUACUUGAUCAAUAGAUUAUGUAUUUGAAGUCUUGUGCAGAGAUGACAAGUGUAUAUCAUCUCGCCACUGAUAUUGCGGGUUAACUGAAUAUAUGACGUGAAAUUGCAUUGUGAAGCUCAGGGAAAAUAGCUUGUAUAUUUUUGAUGAUACGUGACUGAAUAUUGUGUAAGUAUUCAGAAGCAUCAUGCCAAUUUAAAUAGAAAGCAUACGCAAUUUUAACUGAGCUGUAUCCAGUUGUCAGAUCAUACUGAUUGAACUUUUUAUUAAAAGAAGACUUAAGAUUUCA